GCAGCCGGCCGGGGGCGGUGAAAGAGCCCGUGAGGGGAUCGCGACGGCGGCGGAGCCAUCGCUGGACGGCCCCAGGAAAAGCGAGGCCCGAGCCUCUGCAUCUAGGAUCAGAAUGGUUUCAAUCCCAGAAUACUAUGAAGGCAAGAACAUUCUCCUUACUGGAGCUACUGGUUUCCUAGGGAAAGUACUUCUGGAAAAGUUGCUGCGGUCUUGUCCUAAGGUGAAUUUAGUGUAUGUUUUGGUGAGGCAGAAAGCUGGUCAGACACCCCAAGAGCGAGUAGAAGAAGUCAUUAGUUGCAAGCUCUUUGACAGAUUGAGAGAUGAAAAUCCAGAAUUUAGGGAGAAAAUUGUAGCAAUCAGCAGUGAACUUACCCAACCUCAACUGGCUCUCAGUGAAGAAGAUAAAGAGAUCAUCAUAGACUCCACCAAUAUUAUAUUCCACUGUGCAGCUACAGUAAGGUUUAAUGAAAAUUUAAGAGAUGCUGUUCAGUUAAAUGUGAUUGCUACACAACAGCUUAUUCUCCUUGCACAACAAAUGAAGAAUAUGGAGGUGUUCAUGUAUGUGUCAACAGCAUACGCCUACUGCAAUCGAAAGCAUAUUGAUGAAGUAGUCUAUCCGCCUCCUGUGGAUCCCAAGAAACUGAUUGAUUCUUUAGAGUGGAUGGAUGAUGGCCUAGUAAAAGAUAUCACACCCAAAUUAAUAGGCGACAGACCUAAUACAUACAUAUACACAAAAGCAUUGGCAGAAUAUAUUGUGCAACAAGAAGGAGCAAAGCUAAAUGUGGCAAUUGUAAGGCCGUCAAUUGUUGGUGCCAGUUGGAAAGAACCUUUUCCAGGAUGGAUUGAUAACUUUAAUGGACCAAGUGGUCUUUUUAUUGCGGCAGGGAAAGGAAUUCUGCGAACAAUGCGUGCCUCCAACAAUGCCCUUGCAGAUCUUGUUCCUGUAGAUGUAGUUGUCAACACAAGUCUUGCGGCAGCCUGGUAUUCCGGAGUUAAUAGACCAAGGAACAUCAUGGUGUAUAAUUGCACAACAGGCAGCACUAAUCCUUUCCACUGGGGUGAAGUUGAAUACCAUGUAAUUUCCACUUUCAAGAGGAAUCCUCUCGAACAGGCCUUCAGACGGCCCAAUGUAAAUCUAACCUCCAAUCACCUUUUAUAUCAUUACUGGAUUGCUGUAAGCCAUAAGGCCCCAGCAUUCCUGUAUGAUAUCUACCUCAGGAUGACUGGAAGAAGCCCAAGGAUGAUGAAAACAAUAACUCGCCUUCACAGAGCUUUGGUGUUUCUUGAAUAUUUCACAAGUCAUUCUUGGGUUUGGAAUACUGACAAUGUUAUUAUGUUAAUGAAUCAACUAAAUCCUGAAGAUAAAAAGACUUUUAAUAUUGAUGUACGGCAGUUACACUGGGCAGAAUACAUAGAGAACUACUGCAUGGGAACCAAGAAAUAUGUUUUGAAUGAAGAAAUGUCUGGCCUCCCUGCAGCGAGAAAACAUCUCAACAAGUUGAGGAACAUACAUUAUGGUUUCAAUACUAUCCUUGUGAUCCUGAUCUGGCGCAUUUUUAUUGCAAGAUCACAAAUGGCAAGAAACAUCUGGUACUUUGUGGUUAGUCUGUGUUACAAAUUUCUGUCAUACUUCCGAGCAUCCAGCACUAUGAGAUACUGAAGAAAAGAAUUUAGCAUUAGAACAUCUAUGCAUAUAUGGUGGUCUAAAUGCACAAAAUGUAAAAUGUACUUAAGUCAUCUCACCUUUUGUCAAGACAUUAAACCAUCUUAGAUCAGAGUGUGGAGUAAAUUAUGGUACAUUUUAUGUAACAUUUUAAUGUUUAUGCUUAUAAAAAUCUAGUGAACACACUGUGGUAUGCCAGCUCAAAUCUGCAGUAGCCACCAAAACCAUGACUUAAUAUUUUGAUCCCUUGGGAAAAGGGGUGGGAUGAGGGUAGGAGUGGGGAUAUGGGAACACUGACCAGUAUAACUGUGCAAUUCUGGAACACGUUAAUUAAAAUAUGCCUUAACAUAUAGUGAAUUUCUAAUUUUAAUAUUUAGUGCAAUGGAAAGCAUUUAUUUGGACAGGAAUGCUAGCUAAGUUGGUAGUUACUUGAUUCUUAGUGUUUGAUUUUUUUUCAUCAUUCAAAGUUUUGUUAGUUAAAAUGAUAGCCAAAUUAUUUUCACAUCAUCCUGUAAGUUACUGAAUGGUCUCAGACAUGAAAGACAUGUUAAAUCCUUUUUAUUUCUCUGAUUAAAGAUCUGAUGCAUAUCAUUUUUCUAUAAGCAAUCAGUUGCUUUCAUAAUCAGAAGGCUAUAUAUUGUUCUGAAGAUCCUGCUGGAUCUAGAUGGGUUUGAAAAUCCAUAACAACAUACGCUAUCUCUUUUUUGAAGGAAAAUGAAAAUGACUUAAAUAAGACUCUUAGCCUCAAAAAGUAAGAAUACAUUUUUCUUGUCCACAUUUUAACCAAAUAGAAAUCAGUCCUGUGUAAGAUGUUCAUGUUUUGAAGCUGGAGGAUGUCUUGAGACUUUGGCAAAUGAGGGGUUGGGGAGGGAUUCACCAUACUGUACUUUUCUCCCUUUAUAAAUUUUAUUAACUAAUAAGACUUUUAAAAAGGCUUAUGCUGUCUUUCCAAUGAAAAGUGAAAGUGCAUUAUUAUGGAAGACUAUAUUUGCAGAUAGACAUAGCAUUAAGAAAAUGUUCUCACAUGUGUGUAAACACAUACUAACUUUUGACCUGGAGAGCUGAAUUCAUUCAAGAAAAAUAAAAUGCAUAAAAUAAUAUGUAUUAAAAUUAAAUAAAGAAUUUUAUUUACAUACCACAUAAAGUAGCAAACUGUUGAAUGAGUUUGAAGAUAAUCAUUUAUUUUUUCUGCAUGUGGUUUUAGCUUUAAAAGAGAUGCAUUAUAGAAACAAGUAAUAGCAAGAAAAUUAAUGUAUAUUUUAAUGAUACAUUAUAAUUCCCUUUAAACCUUAAUAGUAGUUAACUCUCCCUACUGUUUCAACCUAUAGUUGGUUUAACAGAUUGAUCAACAUAACAUGUUUUAAUUUAGCUGAUCAAGUUCUAUAUUUAAAUCAUCAACAGUAUAUCUUGAAUAUGUUUAAUGAGGUCAGUUCACAAUACAAAAAGUCAUAUAGAACUUUACAUCUUAAUUUUCUUUAUAAAGUUAAAUGCGACGUAUAAGAAGUUUAUUUUGUUAUUGUGAAAAAACUAAGUGUAAAGGAAAUCACCUUCUUCCAUGCUGGUGUGUAGUCUUGAAAAGGAAAAAUGCUUCCAUGUUGAAGCCAGGUUUUCUGUAGUUUAAAACUUUUAAACAUUAUUUUAAAAGAAAUACAUAUAUAAAUACACACACACACACACACACACACAUAAAUUCUUUGGAAUGACAUAGAAGUUUCUGGUCUAGGACCAUAUCUUGUAUAAGGUGUGAGAGACCAUGAUAGUGUCUUAAAGAUGGACUAAAUGAUAAUGCCUUUAAUUUAAAGUGGCCCAUGUAAUUAACUUCAGAUGCUCUGUACACUGAGUGAUCCAUCUCCUCAAGUACGUUUCCAUCAUGUGUUGAAAACAUGCUCACAUUUUACACUCUUGCCAAAAGAUACUGAGAAUCAGAUGAAUUGUCUUUGUAUCUUGAAAAAAAAUCAGGUACAACUUUGGCAGGCAUGUGAAAUAUAUUUGGGGUGUAUGUCUUUUGAAUUUGUGUCAUGGUUCUUAUAAUCUAACUUCAAGAAAUGCUAUCUGGGAAGGUGCUGAGACCACUGCAUUAAUUUUGUGUGUUUGUUUAACAGAAUUCUGUUGUCAGAAGGAAGCUAAUGAAUAAAUUAACAUGUCAUUCCAGAACUUAAAGUUCUAAAAUUAGUAUAAAGCACACACAGAUAGUUAACCCCCACUAACUAGACUUCAGGCUUAACUCAAAUUUAAAAAGAUUUUGGGAAUCAUUUAUGUUUGUUAUUUGCUAGAAAUGGCUUUUAGUUUUGUUUGAUUAUAAUUUCUGCACAAAUUCAGUUCUUAACAGGA